AUGACGCAGUGCAAAAUAAUCUUUCACCAUGGUGGUGAGUUCGUGCGUGAUAACUUCGUCUUCUACAGAGGAGGAGAUGUAUCGACUCUUCAUGGGCAAGAUCCAGAUACCUGGUCAUUCUACGAAGCAAUGAAUGUGGUUCUCCAACUUGGCUUUGAUGGAGGUCGAAUCAGAAUGUGGAGGAAAAUAGAAGGUAUUGAUGAAAACUUUUUUCACUUGACUGAUGAUCUUCAUGUUACAGAAAUUACAAAGCAUUGUAUCCAGCACAAUGUUGAGGGGCAUAUUUGGCUAGAACAUUUUGUUGGAGACAACACAAAGUGGGCUGAGAAACCAAAUAUAGUUGAUGUUGGUGAAGUGAGUGAAGAUGAUGACUCUCCAGGGGUAAGGUUUGGGGACAGCGAGGAAGAAAGAGUAAAUGAUGACAAUGAAGGAUUUGUGACUGUGGAGGUUGAAAGACCAAAUGAUGGUAAUAGGGUUGAAGUGGCAGGUAAGAAGCUUAGGUACAAGUUAAGAGCUAACAAGGAUGCAUCAACUUUAAGGUCUCCCAAAAAAAUAAAGUUGCGUGUUCCUUCAAGGGUGAUUCGGGACAAACCUAGUUCAUCAAAGGCUGUAGAGCAUGAUGUUGAUUAUGAGAGUGAAGAGCUUGGUAGUUCUGAUCCAGAUGUUAGUGACAAUGAGAAGAUGCCCAAGUAUGAGAAGUUUAGAGGAGACUUACUCAACAAAGACUAUAAGUUCAAACUAGGUAUGGAGUUUAAUUCUCUUGUUGAAUUUAAAGAUGCAAUAAGGGAAUGGUCUGUUUUAAAUGGUAGAGAGAUUCGGUUUGUGAAAAAUGAAAGCACUAGAGUUAGGGUAGAAUGUAGGGGUAAAUGUGGAUUUACAGCCCUUUGUAGUAAAGUUGGUGACAAACACACUUUUCAAUUAAAAACUUGGGUGGGGACCCAUACUUGUUCUAGGGUAUUAAAUAACAAGUCAGCAAAUUCUAAGUGGGUGUCUAAAGUUGUGGUAGAGAAGAGGCAUCAAAGUGGCAAGGUUAAAGUAUCAGAUCUGAUGGCAGAACUUAGGAGCAAAUAUUCAGUUGGGAUUUCCAAGGGAAGGGCAUGGAGAGCUAAACACAUGGCUGAAAAAAUAAUUGAAGGAGAUUGUUCUAAGCAAUAUUCCAUGUUAUACAAUUAUGCUGCAGAACUUAAGAAGCAAAAUGAUGGAAAUACUGUAAAGAUAUCUGUGGAAAGGCCAGUUCCUACACUACCACCAAGGUUUGGUAGUUUCUAUUUUUGCUUUGAUGGUUGCAAGAAGGGGUUCCUCCAUGGAUGCAGACCAUUUAUUGGUGUAGAUGGCUGCCAUUUGAAGACCCAGUAUGGUGGCCAGUUGCUUAUUGCUGUGGCUAGAGAUCCAAAUGAUCAAUACUUUCCUCUAGCCUUUGGUGUUGUGGAGACAGAGACAAAGGAAAGCUGGAGAUGGUUCUUGCAGCUUCUGAUGGAAGACAUUGGACAACAAAGAAGAUAUGUUUUCAUAUCUGACCAACAAAAGGGACUUGUGGCUGUUUUUGAAGAAAUGUUUGAGUCUAUAGAGCAUAGAGUGUGUCUAAGGCAUUUGUAUGCCAAUUUCAAAAAGAAAUUUGGGGGAGGCAGUGCAAUUAGGGAUCUGAUGAUGGGAGCAGCAAAAGCAACCUAUCUACAAGCCUGGCAGAAGAAGAUGCAAGAGUUAAGGCAACUUGAUCCAAAGGCUUGGGAAUGGCUAGUAGGUGUUCCAACCAAACUAUGGUGUAAGCAUGCAUUUAGCUAUUAUCCAAAAUGUGAUGUUCUGAUGAAUAAUCUUAGUGAGUCUUUUAAUAGUACCAUACUGCAGGCUAGGGAUAAACCAAUUAUCACUAUGUGUGAAUGGAUUAGGAAUUAUCUUAUGAAUAGGGUUGCUGUUAGUUUGACUAAGUUAGAUAAGUGGAAACAUAAGAUUAUGCCUAUGCCUAGGAAAAGAAUGGACAAAGAAAUUGUAAUGAGUGGUAAUUGGAUUCCUACUUGGUGCCAAGACUUGAUAUGGCAGGUUAACCACACAUUUGAUGGGCACCAAUUCAUUGUGGAUUUAGGUAAGAAAACAUGCACAUGUUGUUUUUGGGAACUUGUGGGCAUUCCAUGUAGGCAUGCCAUAGCUGCCAUGAGUUAUCAAAAGUUGGAUCCAGAAUCAUUUGUGGAUGAUUGCUAUAGUAGGGAAACAUACACUAAAUGUUACUCAUAUAGUGUGAGUCCCACUAAUGGCAUGGAUAUGUGGCCUACUGUUGAUAAUGAGGAUAUGCUUCCACCUUCAUACAAGAAAGGUCCAGGUAGACCCAGAAAACUUAGGAUUAGAGAGCAUGAUGAAAAUGGAUCUAGAAUGAGAAGGCCAGGUGUUAAUUAUAGGUGCACCAGAUGUGACAGCAUUGGACAUAACUCCAGGAAAUGUAAAGCUGAAGUUCAGAAUCCUGCAGCUUUAAAGAGAAAGAGAAAGGCACCAAGGAAAUCUGCUUCAUCAAGCAAUGUGGGUGACACAGAGACAGUAGAGGAUUACUUUGAGGGGGAAAUUGAUGCAACAAUUGAAGCAAUGGUGGCAUCAGUUGAAGCUGACUUAGCAACUCAAGCAUCACAGAUAGUGAAUCCAAGUCCUAUCAACAAGUCUCCAUCCAAGAACAAGACAAAGAACAAGAAAGUUGGCUCUAAGAAGAAAUGA